AUGGCUUCUCAAGUUUUUCUUCAGACUCUGUUUGCUCCUACUCAAUCUCUUCCGAACAAGCUAUGUUUCUCUUCUUGCUCCGCUUCCACAUUCGGUUCCCGUAACUUGCCGUUGAUUUCAACAACCUCAAUUUCACGACGUUGCAGUCCUCUCAUUGCUAAACCUAGUUCUGUUGUUAGAGCUGAUUCCAAUCCCGACGCUGCUUCGGCUUCGGAUGUUGUCAAUGAAGUUCCGGAAACUGAUGCUGAAGAGGUUUCGGGAUCUGAUCCUGAGAUUGAGCAAUUGAAAUCACCCAGACAAACUCGGGUCAAGCUUGGUGAUGUUAUGGGGAUAUUGCAUAAGAGGGCAAUUAAGGCUUCGGAUGAAGUGAGGGUCACUCCUGACAUUAGGACUGGAGAUAUUAUAGAAAUCAGAUUGGAAGUUCCUGAGAACAAGCGUAGGUUAUCUCUUUACAGAGGUAUUGUAAUCUCAAGACAAAAUGCUGGUAUUCACACAACUAUUCGAGUCCGAAGAAUUAUUGCUGGCACAGGUGUUGAGAUAACCUUCCCACUUUACUCGCCAAACAUCAAAGAAAUCAAAGUGGUACAGCACCGAAAGGUCAGGCAGGCAAGAUUGUACUAUCUAAAACAGAAGCUCCCCAGAUUCUCCACUUUCAAAAAAUUAUAA